UAAAUUACCGGUAAAAAAACGCGUCAAUGACCAAGCCUGUUUUACCAUACCGGUCAGAAAAAUGCUGAUCUCUGAUUGGUUAAUACAUGUCCAAUCACAGUUUAGAAUUCCCAACGGCAUACAACUGUUUAUUUGUUCUAUCAGAUAAGGAUUUUCAUUGAGAACUUGGUGCAAUGGGGGAGAACAAAUCAAUAUAUAAACAUUUCUCUGCAUUACCUCUGCAACCUAACCAAAAAUUAAAAUCGUAUUCAUGUAACUAUUGCAAGAAAAAGUAUGCAGAAAACAUUACUCGCAUGCGAAAACAUCUUUAUCAAGAGUGUAGAAGUUGUCCUCAAGACUUACGGAAACUUUUAAAACCAUGUAAACCUCGUAAACGAAAUAAUUCUCAUCUAAACAGCACAGACGACUCAUUUACUAUUGAAGAUUUGAAUGAAGCAGACAAUAGAGCAAGUACUUCAAUGAUUUCAAAUGAAAAUUUACCAAAUAAUAUAAGUGUUUGUAGCAAUAACUAUAAAAAAAAUACAAUCGAUAGUUUUUGUGAUAAAAUGUCAAAAAAAGAUGAAGAUUCUCUACAAGAACUACUUGCAGAAGCGAUUUAUGCAUCUGGUACACCAUUAUGUAUAACAGAAAAUCCAUAUUGGCUAAAAUUUUUUAACGCAUUACGGCCUUCAUUUAAUUUGCCAUCAAGAAAUCAAAUAUCAAAUAAUCUUUUAGAUUCAGUAUUCGUUAGAACACAAAAUAUGGUUAAUGAAAAAAUUGAAUCUGCUACUACUGUUGGAGUGCAAUGUGACGCAUGGUCUAAUAUUCGCAAAAAAGGAAUCAUCAAUUUUAUUGUAACAACCCCAGCGCCAGUUUUUUUCAAACAUUUCCAACUGGAACCGAAUCACAAACUGCCUUAUAUAUUUCUGAAAAAAUAGGAAGUGUUAUUGAUGCUUUGGGAAUUAAAAAAGUUAUCGGAAUUUGUACAGAUAAUUGUGCUGCAAUGAAAAGUGCUUGGACUUUGAUAGAUCAAAAGUAUAAUGUCGACAAAUUGUAUUGUUAUGGUUGUGCUGCUCACAUUCUUAACCUACUCAUGAAAGAUAUUGGUAGUCAAGCAACUGUUGAAACUUUGGUGACAAGUGCAACAGCUAUUGUAAAAGGAAUAAAAGAAGUACAAAUAAUGUCAGCGAUUUUCAAAGAAAUUCAAUCUCAAGAUGAACGUAGAGUAUUUAUUACCUUAAAAUUACCAGCUAAGACAAGAUUUGGAUCUACUAUAAUUAUGAUUGACAGUCUUUGUGUUAAUAAGCAUAAUCUUCAGGCUUUAGCAAUUUCUUCAAAGGCUAUUACAUUAUGGAAACCUGCUUCUCGUGCUCUUGUACUAAAUGAAGAAUUUUGGAAUAAUCUUCAACAAAUUCUUCAAUUGAUGAAACCGAUUGUAAAGUGGAUAAAUAUUUUAGAGGGUGAUAACCCUUUAAUAAAUAAAGUACCUGAAUGUUUUUAUGAUUUAUAUAAUCAUUUUAAUAAUGCAUUUAAUAAUAUUGGAAAUAUUUUUUCGGAAGAAGAAAAGCUGAGCAUAUAUACUUGUUUAGAAAAUCGUAAAACUAUGGUUUUAAAUUAACAAGUGCAAAAAGCA